AUGUCCUCGGUUGAUGAGCAUACCAGACUUAUUUCACCUAGGGCUAGUAGCUCUGCUUCCUCGGGUACCUCACCUAAAGGGAUCAUCAAGAAGAGCCAAUUGCGUUCCAUAGAUAAUAAAAGGGUCCACUUCCUGGUUGAAGAGAAAUUAUUGGGCUUUAGUAUGGGUUAUGAUGCAACAGCAAUCCCACAAGUUAGAACCUUCCAGCAGAUCAUUGCUGAUAGAAUGAAAGUCAAGAAACUUCGUCGUGAGGAUAAAUACUUGAUGUAUGAAAACGAUCCCGAUUUUGAAGAAUUGGAGACAUUGACCAGCAAAAUAACCAAGUUGAACCAACAGUUGAUAAAGGAUACUGAAGUUGAGAAUGACGGAAACCGCUAA